AUGUUCAACGACGUGGUGUUCGUUGAGGACAAAGGCCGACCCUUGGGACAAGGCCCCGUGCGCCGACUUUACACCCUCGAGGUCGCGGUGCCAUCCGCCUAUGGCUGGGAGCAUAUAGAGGUUCCGCGCGCUAUACCGUCCGUGUGGAGACGUGCGAUUCAGCAGACUUCCCAACCUGAAGGCGCUUCGUUCGUGUGGUUCGACUGGAUAGGGUGCCCGCCACGAUCGGGAGUCCGCCUCCUCGACGUCCUGUGGGGCGGGCCGGAUCGCGCUCGUCUCGAGGACCGGCUCCGGGGCGGCCGCGUCAUGGACUUUGACUGUUACCCGGUGCGCACGAUCGAGCUGGAACUUGUCCCUGAGCUUUCGUAUUAUGGCCUCGUCAAGCGCGAGGUGACUCUGUGUCUCGAGGAGGACCUCGACAUUCAGGACCCACAUGGACCCAGUCGAGCGCAGCUCGCCGUCGCCGUCGCCAAAACAGUGGACUCCUUCCUCCACGUCCGUCUCAAAUCGACGGUUCUUUCCGGCGACGAUGUUCCUCCGUGCGAGCGCAGGCGAACAGUCUUGGAAGUCUUCAUGGCGAAUGGCAUCAACUACGAUGAUAUCAUCAUUGUUGGGAUUUCUGGAUAUAAUCAGACGUGCGACAAGCCGACAUUCCGGAUCUUGCUCGACGCGUGGAUGCAUCGUCCUUCGCAGGAGCUGACAGCUACUAACGCGAGCAGCGUAGUGUCCCCUCUCUAUAGAUUCAUGAGGGUGUCUGUGGACGACAGGCCUCGGAGCGCCCUGAUACCGCGGCGGAUCCCUCACCGACGCACGCUCGACCAGUGGGACUUUGAAUCCAGUUCCCAGACCGACUACGGCAUCAUACCUGACAUCCGCUUUGACUGGAUCGGAAGGGACGGAGAGGGCAUGCACAUGGGCGAUGUCAUACAUUACUACGCUGAUAUCCUCGGCACGCUCAUGCGAGAUGGGGCAUGUGCGCCACUCCAGGAAUGGGAGGACCUUGACGAGAUUGAACUCGACGGGUUUGAGUACGACACCACGAUCGACACGAGGAUGCCCGUUCGCGAGGGCUCAAAUGCCUACAGCUUGGCACGUAUCGUACGGCGAACCGCAGCGGAGCUGAUACGGUUUUUCAGAUCAAUGAUGCAGCAGAGCGCCGAGGGCAUCGAUAAGGACGAGCUCGCUAACUACUGUCUCGUACACGAGGCCAUCGUCAAUAACCAGAUCAUCAUGACACACCUGUCUCACAUAGGGGGAAGUAUCUUCCGUGUCAACCUUGAGACCGUCGGUGCAUAG